UAACCACUAGGCUACCUGCCGGGACUAGCUCACUUUGUCUUUUUUGCCAGAAGACAGUAAAUUGUUUUCAACGAACAAAUUUAGAGCAACAUUUCCAGUCACACCAUGCCACUUUCACAAAACAUAUCCGCCACAAAGCUACCUCAGAAACAACAAAAUAGUGCAACUCAAAGGACAGCUCAAAGGACAACAACAAAUGAUGGACAGAUCUAGCACUGUUGCAGAGAAAACGAGGGGCAACAUAUGAGAUUGCUUGGAUACUCACAAGAAACAAGAAGGCCUUCACAGACGCGGAGAUUGUCAGAUAAUGUUUUUUGGACUCAGCUGAAAUAUUGUUUGCUGAGUUCACAAAACAAGGAUGCUAUUUUAAAGCAAAUUAAGGGACUGCAACUCUCAGACUCGACCAUAACAAGACACAUAGAAGACAUCUGGCGAGGACAUCGGUAAGCAUCUGGCGAGGACAUCGGAUGGGUGAUGGUGGGGAUAGCUAUACCGAACCGUUACUGGAAGGUUUCAACGGAUGACGGGAACGUCAUCAUUACCUCGAACAUCUAUGAGAACCUAUGGAUGUCCUGUGCCACGGACUCAACUGGUGUCCACAACUGCCGCGAGUUCCCCUCUCUACUGGCCCUGAACGGAUACAUCCAGGCGUCUCGAGCAUUGAUGAUUGCAGCGGUCGUUUUUGGAUCAAUCGGGCUCGUCGUCACCCUGGUCGGGGUACAGUGUUCUAAAGCUGCCGGAGAGGACAUGGUUCUAAAGGGUAGAAUAGUUGGCGUUGGUGGUGUGCUUUUCUUUCUUCAAGGCCUGUGCACAAUGAUCUCAGUGUCUUGGUAUGCUUUCAACAUCACCCAGGACUUUUUUAACCCAUUCUAUCCCGGGAUAAAGUAUGAAAUCGGAGAGGGCCUCUACAUUGGCUGGUGCUCGGCUGUUCUUGCACUCACUGGAGGGUCAUGUUUGACAUGUGCCUGCAAACUGGGCACGUCUGAGAAACAACCUUACCCAUACCAGCCCAGGGGCAGAGUGUACUCUGGAGUUGCACCAUCACGGAGUCAGGCUGCCACUUCCUACGGCCAGGACGCCUAUGUCUGAGAAAGAGAGGGCACACCACUGGACCCUGUGGAUCACCUUCAUUCACCAUGUGUCAAACCUACCAGACACUGUUACACGUACAGCUACUGAGAAGGUGUAAGGGACUGUACGUUAUUUAUGAGGGAUAAAUGGAGAAAAAUCAGACUUCUCUUAAAUGAAAAUGAAAUUCCCUCCCCUCAGUAAAAUAUAUUACUCGACCCUCCCUGAAUGUAAAAAAAACAAGUGACCAACCCCUAUACCCACAAUAAUAAUUAAAACACCAAGUGGAUAGCAGAGAACAUGCCUACCAUUUACCCUCAAUCCUAGGACAGGCCAAUCCAAGCCUUAGAUAUGCAGUUUUAGAAACUGUUCUUCGUUUUAUAAGUAUUAGGUUGUGGAUUCGCAGACCACCGCACACAAUGGUAGGGGUGAAAAUAUAUACAUUAUAAUAAAAACCCUGCAUGAAUCUCUUAUUUUCGGGCUGAGAAAAACAUGCCUUUUAUAAAUGCAUUUCAUGCAAUUCUACACGACUGGAGACAAGCAGAAUCUUUUUUUAACACCACAACAGAGCAUGACAACAAAUGAGCGCAUGCUGCAGCACCGGAAACGUUUUAAUUUCUAUUCAGGGUUUUGUUAAAAAGGAUGAUAGGAACAGUGCUAAAGUUAUCGAUCAAUUGUUGAAAUGUAGUGCAACAGAACCAGUUACAACUGAAGCAACUGAUCAUUAAUGAAUUCAAGAAAAAGCGACAUGCACUUGUAACUUUUUUCAUUUGGGAAAUAAUGUUCUUAUUUAUUCUAUUUUAUUCCAUGACAUUGUUGUUACAAAAUAGUUUUGUGUUGUCUGUGAUUAGGGCAUGGGAAUACAAGAGCAUCUGCUACAGUAUUCUAAAUGAACAAACUAGGCAUGCAUAGCUCACUGCAUGAUCCUCAAACCAAAGACUGGCCAAACUCAUGUUUCUAAAAGUGAAUUCAAAAGGUACUGUUAAAAUGACUGCACUGUAGAAUAAAGGCAUUUUGUUUUAUUA